GCCGGCGACGGCUGAUGACGCAAGAGCCCGCGCUCACUUUGCAGCGAUAGGCGAAGGGGGAUGAGGAAAGGAGGUGGGUCCAGGUGGGGGAAGUUGGUGUGGCACCAGACGGAGACAGCUCAGGCAGCCAGAAUCAGGCUCUCUUUUAGAAGAGGGUAAUAUUCCUCCAAAAACUGAGGAUACUUACCUUCCACAUAUAUUGAGUCCAGCUGUGUUUGGUGGCCCAGGUAAUAAUUUCAAGAUGCCAGGACGUUCCAGUUCAAAUUCAGGUUCAACUGGUUUCAUCUCCUUCAGUGGUGUAGAGUCUGCUCUCUCCUCCUUGAAAAACUUCCAAGCCUGUAUCAACUCUGGUAUGGACACAGCUUCUAGUGUUGCUUUGGAUCUUGUGGAAACUCAGACUGAAGUGAGUAGUGAAUAUAGUAUGGACAAGGCGAUGGUUGAAUUUGCUGCAAUGGAUCGGCAACUAAACCAUUAUGUAAAGGCUGUUCAAUCUAUGAUAAAUCAUGUAAAAGAAGAACGCCCAGAAAAAAUACCAGAUUUAAAAUUAUUGGUGGAGAAGAAAUUUUUGGCCUUACAGAACAAGAAUUCUGAUGCAGACUUUCAAAAUAAUGAAAAAUUUGUACAGUUUAAACAACAGCUGAAAGAACUAAAGAAGCAAUAUGGUCUUCAAGCUGACAGAGAGGCUGACGGAACAGGAGUGGAUGAAGAUAUGAUUGUGACCCAAAGUCAGACCAACUUCAUCUGCCCCAUUACACAGUUGGAAAUGAAGAAGCCAGUGAAAAAUAAAGUGUGUGGUCACACCUACGAAGAGGAAGCCAUUGUUCGCAUGAUUGAGUCCAAGCACAGGCGGAAGAAAAAGGCAUGUUGCCCUAAAAUUGGCUGUAGCCACACGGAUAUGAGAAUGUCGGAUCUCGUCCAGGAUGAAGCACUUAGAAGGGCGAUUGAAAACCACAACAAGAAAAGACAUCGUCAUUCCGAGUAGGAAAAGCCACCUGCCCGCAGGGCAUCCGCAGCCUACCUCCGACCCCAGCCGUUUGUAGAGAGCAGUGCUGAACCCAGCAGUUAGGGACUGGCUGCAGAGCAUACUUGUUUGGGGUAAAACUGGAUGCUUUUAUGUGUGCUUGAAAACAUUUUUCUAAGUUACACAACAGAAAUGCAAGCAUAUUGUUUAUUUUUAAGUGUUCUAUAAUGUUGAAUAAAACUUUGAUCAUCUGCAGUGUC